CUCUGAUGUGGCAGGAACAGAGAUGUAAUUGAGAGCCCUCAGUCCUGAGAUGAGGCAAGAUAUGCUCUGAGAUUGCUCACUGUUCUCUAAGAAAGAAGAGUGGCGGGGCUCAUCUGAAAGGGAAUCGCACCUGGAACUCAGGAGGUUCCCAGGAGGCCAUCCUGAAGGAUUUGCUGAGGGGCCUGUAUCCUGGUGGCCUUAGGUGGCUGCAUUACUGGAUCGAGAUGACCACAGCCACUCCUUUGGGGGGUACCACCUUCUUCUCAUUGAACGUGACCAGAGAAGAAGACUUUCUGUACAAGAGUUCUGGAGCCAUCGUUGCCGCCGUUGUGGUGGUUGUCAUCUUGAUCUUCACCGUGGUGCUGGUCUUGCUGAAGCUGUACAACAGGAAAAUGAGGGCAAGACGGGAGUUGGAGCCCAAGGGCCCCAAGCCAGCCUCCCCUUCUGCCCAGGGUGCAAACAGCGGCAGCAGCCCACACCCUGCAACUGUGACCUUCAGCCCUGUUGAUGUCCACGUGGAGUCUCGGUGACUCCCACCGUGAUGUUAUCUUGGCCACUGUCUGAAGAGCCAUCUCCAGUCAAGACCAAGAAGCACAUUUCUCCUCUGGCAGCUUCACUAUGAGUUCCUUCCCGUCAGGUCUACAGGGCCAAUGCAUGCAAACCCUGAUGCUUCAGGCAACUCCCAUCCUGCCCUGCCCUGCCUUGCCCCGCCCCAUCCCAACUACUAUGUCCCUAUUCUUGCCGCUACCCUACUCUUUUCUCAUCUGAGUAAGUAGAACUAUGUUGGGAAUCCACUGAUGUGUGUUUGGCUCUCUUCCCCCAAACACAACAGCCAGCCAGCCAGCCAGAUAGCCCAGGAGUCUUCUGGUCAGGGUCAAGGCUCCUGAGCGUGUCACUACAGGGUCUGCCACUGGGGUCAUAUCAGAUUAAGGGCCAUAUCCACCGCUUUGCAGAGCAAAAUAAUUCAGCCCCAUAAUCAGGCAGAGGAGAACUAACUUGGACUAACUACCCAGAAAACUAGCUCGUUAAUUUGUAAUUUGUUGCAGUAUUAGAUGACCACUAGCUAGCUUCUGAUGAUCGGUCAGCACGUUUUUCCCUCUUUAAGAACGGUUACGGGGAAAACUGAAUUCUUCUCCACAGGUUUCUACUUCAUUAAUAAAGAGUCAGAUUAGGAGGAAUAGGGUGACCUUGAGGAAUAAUGGCCUCGAGGACAAGCUUGUUGCAGUGUCCAUGGACCUGGUGGCUGCUCAGGGCCCCUUCCCUUCUCGCUCUCCCAGCUGGAUUUUCCCUGACUCAGUCUCAUUUCCUAGCUCCCCUUGAUUUUGGAUUCUGAGCAAUCCUCAUUCUCCGGUUAACACAUUAUUACCUCCGAGGACCAGUAGUUGGAGACUGAUUAAAUUAUAACUUUGUGUUACCCAUACCCUUCCUGGUUGCCUUACGGAGAUUCAUGACAUAUUUAAAGUACCACAUUCACAUACCAUGUCUCCAUAGAGAGCUGAUUUCUUUGAUUCCUUAGCCUGGCGUACAAUCUACUGAGAAGGGAAAGCAUUUUGGAAUUAAGACCUGUUUUCCAAGCCCUACUUCCUGGUCAUGUGGCCUUGGAAAAGCGACUUGACCUCUCCGUAUUUGGUUUCCUAAUCAUGAAGUGCGAAUGAUAACAUCUCUCUAACGGGGUUAUGAUAACAAGUCAAGGUCUUAGUAAAGCAGCUGUGAUAAUGCCUGGCUCCAGCAAAUGCUGAAUAAAAGGGGGCCAGCAUUAUUAUCAUUAUGCUAUUUCUUCAACUGCAAAAACAUAAUUUUUUACAUUGUAAUGAUUCUGAAAUCAGAAUAUGUCUUAAAAUUGAUGGGUCCAUUAAUGCAGUUGUAUUUCUCUCUCAAAAACCUGUUUCCUUUAAUCAAUCAUGCAUCUUACAAUUGAAAGCAUCUUGGAAACAAGGUAAUAAAUCCUUAUUCUGUUACAGAAAGUGACACACUCUGACAUUUAACCUCAAAUUCUAGGAGUCUCUCCCUUUUGGGGUUAUAAUCCCUUUGGAGGGGAAAUUGAGGGCCAGGGAGGUAAGAGGACCGUCCCCUGGGUCACACAGCUCAUGUCAUCCCACUAUAAAAAUGAUCACGUGAAUAUGUCUGGAGAAGUGUUGGCAAAUUCUUCCUCCCCAGACAUCUUUUCUCCCUACUGUGUUUAAAUACUUGUAUCCACCAAGUACCAGGCACGUUGCAAGGUUAUUUCACAUAAGUUAUCUCAUAGGAUUUAUUUUUCCCAAUAACUCUACGAGGUAUUCUUUUUCCACGUGCAGAUAACAAUUUCAAACACAAAGAGAAAAAGUACUUGUCCGUAGUCACACAGCUAAUAAGUUGCAAAGACAAGACUCAAACCCAGGUCUGUUUGACUCCAAAGUCCGUCUUUUUGUUGUAUCACACUCUUCUCCAUCUUGGCUCAAAGAACAUAGAUGCGUUUGUGGGUUGAACAAGAGGAGGACAACCUUGUCCAUGUGUCUGAGUAGAGGUCAGGGGUCUAGCUUCCAAAUCAAAAGUUGGGGCAAAUCCACUUUGGUAGCCACCUUUGGGCUUCCAUGAUUGCAGCAAAAAGAGCCCUUACUAAACCCACCCAAGCUCUAAGGAUUCCUGCUUCAUUCCCCCACCACUUAGGCCCAAGGAGUAAGGUGUGGAUCCAGGGCAAAGCCAUUUCUUUAAAGACUCAAGCCCCAAAUAGAUAUGUUUCCCAAACAUAUUCUGCUCUAAAAAAACCUUUUUUUUUUAAUGUUCCAGCCCUACCACCAGGCUCUUCUGCCCAUGAGAGAAUCAAUCGUCCUGGAAUUACUAGGGGAAUUAUCCUCUAGUAUAUGUUCUUUUGCUAAAUGAAAGCUUGGAAAUGGAGGAAGGAAGGGAAAGCAGAGCGGUGAGGGAGAGGAAAUAAAAGGGUUUUAAUGUUUUGUUUUAACUAAUAAAAGUCCUUUUAAGGCUCCCAUGUGCAAGUUGGGGUGCUACUAAAGACAUUAAGUCACAGUCCUUGCUCUCAAGGAUUCUGCAGCUGGCCUGUGACAGGGACCUUGCAACACGGUUGUGUAUUUCGUUUCUGACAGGUACCUUUCCUAACUGAGCAGAUGCUGCCUUAUUUGGCCACUAAAUCAAUAAAAGAUAUUAAAUGCUUAAAGAAAAAUGUCUAAAAA